AUGUCUCACUCUACUCAACCUGCCAACAACUACAACAAUGAUCUUGACAAUCUCGAUAAAUUUGACAAGAAUGGGAUGUCUGGAGGCCCCCUGACCAUUAAGUGGACAUCGGAACACUCCCAGGAAGAUGCCAACCAAGAGAGUAGGAAGAAGGGUCAGGCAAAGUCGAGCAAAGUUACGAUACAUGAGGAGAUAUUCGCAGAAGAUCCCCAACUAUAA